UCGAGAACAUGGCUUGUUUGUUCCCUGCAGUGUUGCUCGUGUUUGUUUGAUCAGUGAAGUCCCGCAUAUGACGGAGUGUUUCCACAAUUACAGCACGUUGCGUCGCCUGACAGUGAACGGCGUGAGAAAGAGAGCGAGGGAUAGCGAGAGCUUACAAUGAGUUCAUAAACGAGUCAAUAAUAAGCGCAGUUAUUGUUAUUGUGUGUAAUUAACAACACACGAGCUUACGCGUACGUGCUUCGUACAAUUAUUGCUGUUAAUAUGUUCAGGCGAGCCUCAGCAAUUUACCGGAGACUCCGGAACCUGAGUGUUCUUGGUCGUUGCCCCUGGCGGCACCAGAGCAGUUCUGCCCCUGAGCGAGCGCUUCAGUAUGCGGUCGGCCAGAAGAUCCACGGCUUCACCGUCACCGAGGUGACUGCCGUUCCUGAUCUUUUCCUAACUGCAGUGAAACUCUCCCAUGAUUCCACUGGGGCCCGCUAUCUCCACGCUGCCCGUGACGACAAGAACAACCUCUUCAGUGUGCAGUUCCGGACGACGCCCAUGGACAGUACUGGGGUUCCUCACAUCCUGGAGCACACGGUCCUAUGUGGUUCCGAGCGGUUCCCCUGCCGAGAUCCGUUCUUCAAGAUGCUUAACAGAUCCCUCUCCACAUUCAUGAACGCUAUGACAGCCAGUGACUACACCAUGUACCCCUUCUCCACUCUGAAUGCGAAGGACUUCCAGAACCUUCUCUCCGUUUACCUUGACGCUGUCUUUUUCCCUUGCCUGAGGGAGCUCGACUUCUGGCAGGAGGGUUGGCGUCUGGAGAAUGAAGAUCCUCAGGACCCCUCGUCUCCUCUGGUGUUUAAGGGCGUGGUCUUCAACGAGAUGAAGGGUGCCUUCUCGGAUAACGAGCGUGUGUAUGGUCAGCACCUGCAGAAUAAGCUCCUCCCUGACCACACGUACGCCGUGGUGUCGGGGGGGGAACCCCUCGCCAUCCCAGACCUGACCUGGGAUCAGCUCCGAGAGUUCCACCGCAUACACUACCACCCCAGCAACGCCAGGUUCUUCACCUAUGGAGACCUGCCCCUAGAGCAGCACUUGAAGCAGAUCGACGAGGAGGCGCUGGUCCGAUUCCAGAGAACAGAACCUGACACAGCAGUACCAGCACAGACACACUGGACCAGUCCUAGAGAAGAUCAUGUGACCUGUAGCCCUGAUGCAAUGGCCCCUGAUCCCACCAAACAAAACACACUGUGUGUGAGCUACCUGUUAGGAGAUGUGACAGAUGUAUUUGAGUCCUUUGUCCUGUCCCUCCUCUCCUCUCUGAUGAUCUCAGGGCCAAACUCUCCCUUCUACCGGUCCCUCAUAGAACCCAAGAUCGGCUCCGACUUCUCCUCUGUGGUGGGGUAUGACGGCAGCACCAGACAGGCUUCCUUCAGUAUUGGGCUGCAGGGGAUGUCUGAAGCCGACACUGAACGCGUCAAACACAUCAUCAGUGACACCAUCGAUGACAUCAUCACAAAGGGUUUUGAAGAGGAGAGGAUUGAAGCUCUGCUGCAUAAGAUUGAGAUCCAGAUGAAACACCAGUCCUCUAGUUUCGGCCUCUCUCUCGCCUCUUACAUCGCAUCUUGUUGGAACCACGACGGGGACCCGGUGCAGCUGCUGCGGAUCAGUGAGAACGUGUCUCUCUUCCGCCGGAAGCUUCUGGAGAACCCACAGCUCCUGCAGGAGAAGGUCCAGCACUACUUCAAGGAUAACCCCCAUCGGCUGACCCUGUCCAUGGCUCCUGAGGAAGACUACCAGCAGAAGCAGGCCGAGGAAGAGGACGCCAAACUGCAGCACAAGAUCCAGCAGCUCUCUGAGCACGACCGGCAGCAGAUCUACCAGAAGGGUCUAGAGUUGCUGUCAGUCCAGAGUGCCGCUCAGGAUGCCUCGUGUUUACCCGCUCUCAAGGUGUCUGACAUCGAGCCCACCAUCCAACACACACCAGUCCAGAUGGGGUCUGCAGGUGGUGUUCCUGUGCAGUACUGCGAGCAGCCGACUAACGGCAUGGUGUACUUCAGAGCCCUCAGCAGCAUCAACACACUCCCAGAGGACCUAAAACCCUACGUACCUCUCUUCUGCAGCAUCAUCACCAGGAUGGGCUGUGGCCAGAUGGACUACAGACAGCAGGCUCAGCAGAUGGAGCUCCACACCGGAGGGAUGUCAGUCUCACCACAGAUUCUACCGGAGAAGACUGACAUGGACAUGUAUGAACAGGGGGUUCUCCUCACCUCGUCCUGCCUGGAGAGGAACUUACCUGAGAUGUUUAACCUGUGGAGUGAGAUCUUUAACAG